AUGGCUUCCAAUAGACCACCACCAUAUUACAUUCUCUUUUCCAACUCUUCGCUAUCUCCAACUCCUUCGGCAACUUUGGGACAUCCUACAAUUCAGUAUCACUAUGCAGACGACUCUCCUCUGUCAUUGCUCCCGCAACACCCUCAAGAACACGUCCUUCUGUUGGAUUUCGAUCCUUCGUCGAGCGCACCACCCACAGUGAAGAGUAUCUCCAAGAACAUGUCCGUGACUGGUCUCAAAAUAGAGGACGCACCAGGCGUGGCGGCAGUGGACGAAGGAGGCACCAAACGAGCCGAGAAAAUGUUCAUCAUUGAAACCACGAUGCUAGAAACCAGGAAUGCCGACGGUGAGGCCAAAUCUCCCCAUGCCAUUCUAGCCGAAUUCAAGCACAAAAAUGCUAUCUUACGACGCGGCCUCGUCUACCCGGAGACUCCGAAGGCAGGCAACGCGACCAACUUGUCUCCAACAAGAAAUUCGCCGUUACGAUCAGAUGGUUAA